UUUUAACCCCCGUCGUCGUCGUCACCGCCAGUCGGAGAAGGUUUACUAAAGGGAAUUUAAAAAGGAGGCGAGGAUUUGGAUCGUGAGCGAGUUUUAAGGGGAAAUUGACGUUUAACUUUUUGGGAACUGUGGUCACUCAUUGGGAACUGAAAUCGAGGAAUUCAAAGCGGCGCCUUAUUCUUGGGUUUGGACCGAUCCCAGAGAUCGGGGUCUUUUUGAUUUGUGGGUUGCUACAAGAACGAUUUAAAAGACGAACAGGCCUGUUCCCGUCUCGCGCGAUUUGAGUCGCUUGAUUUGAUAAAUAAACAAUGAAGGAACCAAACCAGAUUCGGACACAUCGCCCUCGCAAACGUCAAACACAAUCGUGCGAUAGAUGCAAAGCCAAAAAGCGCCGCUGUGAUGGGUUUCAUCCUUGUUCAAACUGUGUCAAAGCCCAUGCAGAAUGCACCAUGUUCAUUGAGCAAAAGAAACGGGGACCAAAGAAAGGUUCAGCAAGACGGGCAAAGAGCGUCGCGUCAUUGUUGACAGACGACGAAAAAGAUGACGUGGAAGAAAUAAAAGAAGUUUAUCCUUCACCCGUGGAGAAAGAAGGGGAUGCAGGCUGUUUUGGAUUGUUGUCGCCAACGAUGGACGACGCUCACGCGACAUUUUUGGAAGCUGAGAGUGUAGCAAUGGAUACACUUGGGUGGGACAUGUCUGGAUGGGGGCUGCAGGAGACAUCGUUUGCGCUUGAUCUGGCACCCGGUGCAGAACCUUACGUGCCGACGAUAUCCACAGCAACAGCAACAGAUGCAUCCACACGGAUCCCACAACCAACCUCACCUGAAACAGUGAUAUCUCCAAAUCCUCCCUUUCUCUUUCUCCAACCCAUGAAUCUAACUAUCCCGGAGCUCCCCACUAUUCCCUCGUCGCUAUACCUCCACCUCAUUGCAGCCUUUUUCACCAAGUUUCACCCCAUCUUGCCGGUCCUUUAUGAGCAGUCUUUUUUCGAACGUCUAGUGCCCGUCAAUUGUCAUUCGGAUGCGCUGUUAAACGCCAUAUAUGCCAUCGGAACACGAUACUCAACUCAUGCCCUCCUUUCCACACCACCUUUUACGUCGCCUGAUCAGGCCAGCGAAUAUUUUGCCGAUCGGGCGUCAAUGGCAUUGCACAAGUCCAGCCUUACAAUGUUAAAAAAGGACGCAAAGAAACCCGCGGUUGUCUCCUCCUGUGAACUGGACGACCUUGUCGCUAGAAUCCUGUUGUGCGCGUGGAAAGCAGGAUGCCAUCGAGACGUCGGAUUUGAGGGUCUGUAUGAUAUAUGGACAAGUGCCCAAAAGUUGAAGUGCAUGUACGAAGAAGGAGAUCGAAGCAUGGAAUGCCAGCGGGCUUGGUGGGCUCUAUUGAUUUUGGACACAGUUUCCGGUUUAGCAAGUGGGCUAGAUCCCGUGGCGGAUGAGACAAGAUAUCCGGCUACCUUUGCGGUGGGCCAUGUCAAAGAUGGAGAACAGGCCAAUUGGCAAAUGUAUUUUCCGGGACUGGACACGGCCAGUUUCAUCACACCUUUAUCGGAUGUACGAUUGCUCCUAUACCUUCAUAUCCUGAUCCGUCAGAUAACCCGAUCACAUCAAACAAUCUCACCGAUAUCCGUCGUUCAUUCUGCUCUCUUGUCCUAUUACGAUUCUCUCCCACCUUACUUCAAAUUCUUGGACAAUGUUGAACUGUCAUUUCUGGGCGUACAUAUCGCAUUAGGUUUCUGCAUGGCUGUCGCGCUACUCCAUUCACGAGAUGAAGGAGAAACCAGCACAUACCUUCUGCCCCACACACCCAGCAAAACGUCUUUGGAAUGUGUGCUCUGGGCGUACAAGAACCAGACGUCUCUACUCGCGCGAUGGGGCUCAAAAUGGGUUAUACCUUCUUGUCAAGUCUUUCUUCUCCCAUCAUUGGGCCGAUUGCUGCGAAAUGGUUAUGCAAAUGCUUUGACAGGUGUAGAACCAAUGGAAGGCGUGAAUCCUCUGGAAGAUGGUAUCUUGAGGAUUUUGGAUGAGGUUGCGGAGGUCUGGCCUGCAGUUUCGGUUGCAGGAGCUAGAGUGAGGAGUGUGAUUGAGGGUCUGAAAGGGAGCAUAUUCGGGUAACUUGAGCGUGCGGAGAACACGCCAUUGUAUCUAGUUGUCUUGUCCAUUUUGCAUUUGUUGUUAAUAUCGACCAGGAUUGGCAUUGUUCCAAUGUCGCCUUUUUAUUUCUUAUUAGAGUCCCAACAAUUACCAUCAGAAAUUUAGUACAAAGAUACAUUGAAUUGUGAAGGGUAUACACAAGUUGCAGUCCGU